UAGUAAUACUCCAGUCAUUCGAGAGCAUCCAGUUAUUCGAGGUUACCUCAAUCGAUUUUUGGUCGACAAAGUUGAAUGAAAGUUGUAAAUAGCACGUGGUGUGAUGUUGCACGAAGGGAUUGAUUCUUAAAAAUAUGAAGGAUUCUCGUAACAAACUGUGCUCAUUGCUGUUGGAAGAAUUCUUUGGCUCUAUCGUACAAACCAUUGGCAAUAGUUUAUUAUAUGGAACGAAAACAUUUGGCUCAAUAUGUUUUGGAACGCGUUUACAGGGGUCAAAGAUAAAAGAAGGGCUAUCUGUCCUUAUAAAAUAUGGUUUUGUCACUUAUCAACAAAAUGAGGGUGAAACUGAGUAUACCAUUGACCAAAACCAAAUUAUUAUGAUUCUUCGUUAUCCAAGAUAUAUACUUUUUGCAAAAACUCACUGUGGAGAUGAAGGUGAAAUCAUGAUGGAAGAAGUGUUAAAGCAUGGAUACAUCACAGCAUCUGAAGUAAUAAUAAAAACAUACAAACGAAUCGAACAGACCCCUUCUAGGUCUGCUGAAUCACCUUCUAUCCCAAAUCUAAAAGAUGUAUUUGAGUUAUUGGUGAAAAAUCAAUUUUUAAUGCGCUGUUUAUCUUUCGAUACGACAGCAACAGGAAAUAUAGCAAAGCCCGAUUAUACCUUACCAGAUCUUGAUUUGAUAGCCAUUUCCAAUAAACUGCAAGGACAAAAGACUGAACUUUCGGAUAAUACAAUACAUUGGAAAGUCAAUUUUGACAGGUUUACUCAAGAUCUUAGGGAUCAAAUUGUUAUAUCAGCUAUAACUCAAAGAUUUGACAAAAAUGCUGGAGAAUUAAUGAAACACAUGAUCAAUUUGAUGUACUUGCGGACUGCAUCUUGGGCAACUACAUCAAAUCCAAUUCCAUACACGGAAAUAAAAGAACAAGUGAAAAAGUUGGAUUAUGAAGAGCUCGAGCAUUAUCUUGAUCAAUACUUACGGCUUCUAGAAGAAGAUAGUACACAAUUCAUUAAACGCGUUGGAGAUUCUGGUGGAGGGCAGUAUAUUGUUAAUAUGAAGAACGCAUUUAAACAGUUAACAUGGACAACUUUGGAGCAUAUUGUGACAGAAAGAUUUGAUUCCAAAGCUGCAAGAAUUUUUAGAUUAGUUCACAAUGAAAUUGAUGUUAACCUGGAACAAAUCCAGAGUUUAGCGUUGAUUCCAGCAAAAGACGCCAAUUUCUUAACACAUAUCUUGUCACAAGAGAAUUACUUACAGAUACAAGAGAUGAAGAGAAGUGGAACUUCAUCAGUACAGACGAAAACACCUUGUCGAUUUUGCAUAGAUUUAAAUAAAAUUGUCGAAAUGGAAACAGAGCAUUGUUAUCAAGCAUUGUAUAAUAUUAUAACAAGACGAGAGUAUGAAUCCAAUAAUAAUAAACGCUUGAUAGAAAAGCAACUGAGAGUACAGAUACUUUCCACUAAUCUGAGGGAACAUGGCGCAACGGAACAGCAACUAGCUGAUAUUGCAGAAAUGAUGACGCCAUCUGAGACUGAACAGCUUGAAAGAGCGCAAAAUGCGAUUAAAAAACUGACAGCCGCAGAGUUACAAAUAGAUGAAACCUUAUUUAUAUUUAGCAUGUACUUCCGUUAUCAUUAAAUUGUCUUUUUUUUUUUCAAA